UAUCGUGCAGCGUCAGCUUGAGCUAAGAGAAAAUGGCGGCCCUAGCUCGGUUUCAUCUUCUCCAGCCAUCUCCAAUCCUCAGACCAUCUGCACUCUUACCCAAGUUUCCUCAUGCUUCACGUUUGCUCACUAUCCACACAAGUUACAGCACUAAUCUCCGCCGCAAUGGCGCCGGUUCCGGCGGCCGUAAACUCUCCAUCACUCCACCACUUUGCUCUAAAUCCGAGAACAGUAGUUCAAAUACUGAAUCGAGCCAAUCAAUAGUCGGUGACCUUCUGGAUUACCUCAAUGAGUCCUGGACUCAGUUUCAUGCUACUGCUGAAGCAAAACGACAACUGCUUGCUGCUGGAUUUCAUUUGCUUAAUGAGAAUGAAGAGUGGGAACUAAAGCCUGGUGGUUGCUAUUUUUUUACUCGGAACAUGUCUUCUUUAGUUGCCUUUGCCAUUGGUGAAAAGUAUUCCCUUGGCAACGGUUUUCAUGUGAUCGCUGCACAUACAGAUAGCCCAUGUCUUAAACUGAAGCCAAAGUCUGCAUCAUCUAAAUCUGGCUAUCUAAUGGUCAAUGUACAAACUUAUGGUGGUGGUUUAUGGCAUACUUGGUUUGACAGAGACCUAAGCCUCGCUGGAAGAGUUAUUGUUAGGGCUGAUAAUGGUUCCUUCUCUCAUAAGCUGGUCAAGAUAAAGAGACCUUUAUUAAGAGUACCUUCACUUGCUAUUCAUCUCAAUAGGACUGUAAAUACAGAUGGGUUUAAGCCGAACCUUGAGACUCAUCUCAUCCCUCUUUUGGCAACGGAAGCUGACAAAGAAUCUGCCGAGACCAAUGACAAAACUAGUGCAUCAUCUUCAAAAGACGCUCAUCACCCGCUGCUCAUGCAGAUCUUGUCAGAUGAACUGGGCUGUAAGGUUGAAGAUAUUGCCAGUGUUGAAUUGAAUGUCUGUGAUACUCAAGCCAGCUGCCUUGGAGGUGCUAAUGAUGAGUUCAUAUUUUCUGGAAGAUUGGAUAAUCUGGCUUCAAGUUUUUGUGCAUUGAGAGCUCUUGUUGAUGCUUGUGCUUCACCUGAAGAUUUAGCAAAUGAGCAUGCAGUUCGAAUGGUUGCUUUAUUUGACAACGAGGAGGUUGGUUCAGAUUCAUACCAGGGAGCAGGUGCCCCAACUAUGUUUGAGGCCAUGAGACGAAUAAGUGCCUCUCUAGGUCAACAGUCGGUUGGGGAAUGUGGCUUUGCACGGGCAAUACGUCAUUCUUUUCUUGUGUCCGCUGACAUGGCUCAUGGAGUCCACCCCAAUUUUAUGGAUAAGCAUGAAGAAAAUCAUCGGCCAGUGUUGCAAAAAGGGCUUGUCAUAAAGCAUAAUGCAAACCAACGUUAUGCUACAAGUGGAGUCACAUCUUUCCUUUUCAAAGAAGUUGCUAAAAUUCAUAAUCUUCCCAUUCAGGAAUUUGUUGUGAGAAAUGAUAUGGGAUGCGGAUCAACGAUAGGUCCAAUACUGGCUUCAGGAGUUGGAAUUCGUACAGUUGAUUGUGGCAUAGCUCAGCUAUCUAUGCACAGUGUGAGGGAAAUAUGCGGAAAAGAGGAUGUGGACAUUGCUUACAAGCAUUUCAAGGCAUUUUAUAAAACGUUCUCAAGCAUUGACAAAAAGCUGAAUGUUGAUUUCUAGCUUCUCAAUGCAGAAAGAUUUUAAGGCAUUCAG